CACAUCGGCACUGCCCUGUUUUAUAAUUUUUAAAAGCUACGACUGCUGUUGAAGGACUGCCAACUAAGACAAACGGGUGUAUCAAGUACGCGGGAAGAGCAAACGACGGCCCGUCCAGCGACAGUAAAUGAGAAAAAAGGGUAAAGAAGGGCCCGACGUCGUGGUCGUAGAGCUGCGGAGAAAAGUGGGUAGCGCCGCCUGACGGACCGCCCGACGAACCGGGCUGCCGCUGUCAGGAAACCGCGGUGCCGAGAAACAGGUCUGCAGCCUCCGAGGGAGCGCCGCCAACAGCUCUCCCUCUGCCCCAAACCCAAAUUUCUAGAUGCCAGAAGUUGCCUUCAUUGACUGGUCCUGGGUGUGACGGUUCACCAUAAAUCACUCCUUCAGACUUCUGCCCAUGAUAAGCUUUCAAGCAUAACAAGUCAUCACCCACGCUGACAGACUGCCAUGAUGGCAGAUCCGGGCCAUGAGGAGGCAGAGGGCAUGUACGUAGAGCACCAGUACAUGUGCAGCGAGUGUCAACAGCUCUUCAGCACCCUGGAGGAGGUUCUGAUCCACCAGCAGAUCCACACGGCCCAGGAAACCGAUGGUGAGACCCUGGUUACCCCAGACGUGGGUCAGAGUCAGCACUACCAAUGUCUGGAGUGUGGGAGCCUCCUGGUGAAUGCAGAAGAGCUGCUGCAGCAUCAGGAGAUGCACAUGAGGGAGGCUGGGAUGGAGGUGGAGCAACAAGAGAUGUGUGAGAUUCUGGAGACGCAGGAGGCCUCCUCAGAUACUCAGGUGCACGGACCCGUUCAGUAUCAGUGCCUUGACUGUUUGGCCCUGUUCGACUCCCCUGAUACCUGGCUGGAGCACCGGCGAACGCACAGCAGGAGCAGCACACACAGCAACACAGCGACUGUUGAGUAUGUGCUGCAGCCGGAUGGUUCUGUCACUCCUCUCAACAACAUGCAGAACUUUGUGCUGAGUGAGCAGCAGGCUGGAGAGAUCCUGGCACAGGUACUUUCCCACCAGCAGCAGCAACAACAACAACAGAAGAAACGUAGGUCUUCCUCCAAACCCGCUGGAUCCACCCGCUCCCACCUGCUGCCCCCUGUGACCCCAACCCCGGGCUCUGCCACCAUGCACCUGCAGAUCCUCACAGCUCAAGCUCUGGCCGACAGCUCCACCAUCCUGGGCCAGCAUCGCUCCAAGCAGCCCCCUCUGCUCUCUGCUCUGGGUCAGAGCUCCUUAGCAAAACUGGAGGUCCUGGGGAAUGGCGUUCAGAGACUGGAGUUAAGACUGGCCCCUGGUGGCAGCCAGCAACAGCAGUCAGCUGAGAUGGUGCUCAUUCACCCUUACGAAUGCUCAGAAUGUUCCCUUCUCUUCCAUACCCCCGAAGACUUCCUCCAGCACCAGGGUGAGCACUUCCUGAGCCAGGACAAAGAGAGCGGUGGGCCGGGGGUCAUGAGUGGCCUCGAGGAGAUGCGAGGAAGGGAAGAGGCUGCAGAAAGGCUGCAGGAUCUGAGGAACAGAGCAGCAGAGACCAAAGCACUGGCUGGGGCCAAAGCCCUACACUGUGAGCUCUGCCACCGCGCCUUCACCUCCGUCAACCGGCUCACUGCUCACAAGCGUGUGCACGAGCAGGGCACACACGAGUGUCCAGAGUGCGGAAAGAUCUUCAAGAAAGCUAUGUCGCUGCAGACGCACAUGCGCACACAUUCAGGCGUUGCACGGUAUCUGUGUGUGGACUGUGGGAACGGUUUCACUACUGAGAUGACUCUCAUCAUGCACAGAAAGGUACAUGUUGCAGAUCCUUUUCACAAAUGUCAGAUCUGCCACAAAACCUUCACCAACAUGACUAAAUACCUCUACCAUCGUCGGUCCCACCUUAACCAGGAUUCAUCGGGAAUAGGCAGUCGCAUCUUCAUGGCUUCACCUCCACAAAGGGCGUCUGCUACUGCUCUUGCUAUCGUACAGAGAGCAAGAGAGAAGAAGAAACUCCAAAGUGAAGAAGCAGGAAUCGAUGAGCUGGAGCCUCCCACAGAGGAGGAGACGGAAACACUAAGGAACCCGCAGCCUGGGUCUCGGAGCACUGUGGAUGCAGCUGAAGCAGGGAAGGAAAAGGACGGCCAAAUGCAAGUAACUGAAGGACUUGAAGGAAGUCUUGACGAGCAACAAGAGGUUGUGAUGGAAGAUGCCACUAUUUCCAUUUCUCUAGAUGAAACUACAUCCACGUCUGGCUCUGCUGCUUCAGGAGAAGCUACCUUGACAUCAGACAAAGGGCCCUUUUGUUGUCGUUCGUGCUCAAAAACGUUUCCUUCACAGCUUCUGCUUGCUCACCACCGGGGCAAAUCCCACGCCCCUCAGCGCAGGUUUGUGUGCGGCGUAUGUGGGAAGUCCUUUAAGAAGCAGGUUCAUGUUCAGAACCACAUGCGCAUACACACGGGCGAGAAGCCGUUCCAGUGUUCGGACUGUGGCAAAACCUUCUCGUUGCUGGCCAAUCUGAUGAGGCACACCCUCAUCCACUCAGGCGUGCGUCCGUACCGCUGUGAUGUGUGUUAUCGCUCCUUCUCACAGUCGUCCAACCUCCGUCAGCACAGCCUGCUGCACUCCAGCGCUCCAAAGCUCACCUGCCCCGAAUGCCCUGCCACAUUUCGUUGGCCCAACAAGUUGGCGGCGCACCGCUUCACUCAACAUCCCGGCGCUCCGGCUCCUUUUCCCUGUCCUCAUUGUGAAGCCGGCUUCCUGACCAGGAGUCGGAGGGAAGGUCAUUGUGUAGAGCAGCACCCCACACCGGUCCACGCUGCAGAAGAAGUGAAGGAGGUCCACAAUCCCUCAGAACCCUCUACUUCAACAACAACAGAGAUAGAAUUAGCAGAUUUCAGUUUGGGUAAAGGAGCCUUGGAUUGUAAUAUUUGUGGGAGGAAGCUUAACUCUCCUUCCAACCUGCGACUUCACAGACUUAGCCACUUUGCCCUGGGCUGCGGGCGGCCACAGCGCACCCCUGGAAAGCGACCCAAAGCUCAUCAAUGUCCCAUUUGUGGCAAACUGUUUGUGUCAUCGUCUGCGGUUGCACUUCACCAGCGGGUCCACACCGGCGAGCGCCCGUUCCCCUGCCAGGUGUGCGGAAAGCGUUUCCGCCAGAAUACACACCUCCGAGAGCACCUGCGCACUCACUCAGGCGAACGACCGUUUCGCUGCGAAAUCUGCGGAAAAGGUUUCAUCCAGAGCAUGCACCUGGCGGAGCACCGCAGGACCCACACAGGUGAGCGACCACACGCGUGUCCCCAGUGCGGGAAAGCAUUCAAGACCUUCUCCAACCUAAGGAAUCACAAAAAGACCCACGCCAGGCAGCAGAGACUAGACCAAGAGGCUGCUGCUGCGACGGAGGCCACCACAGCAGUGGCGGUGGUGGAUGCUUCCGUUGUGGACCUGGCUAACGGGCAAACUCAGCUCAUCCAGAUCCAAACCUCAGAUCUACAGCAGGCUCAGGGCGCCCCCACCAUCAUGUGUAACGAGUUUGGAGAGACCAUCGCCAUCAUCGAGACCAGCGAGGGAGGUGGUCUUCCUCUGGAGCAGGCGCUGGAGAUCUAUCAAAGAGCUCUGGAGAACGGCCUUGGUGGGGACACAGUUGUGGAUGGGCUGCAGCUGCUCUGAGGAGGAGUGAACCGAAGUCGGAUCUGAAUCUCUGCCACAGAAUUCGUUUGAUCAAUAUUAGUCUUAAUACUGGCUGAAACAAAGACUAAUUUACUGCUGAGGUUAAAUAAGAUGAUUUACUGCAACCAGAUGUUUAUGUACUGGACAAAAAGACCAAAGUAUUUCAGGUUUCCUCCUAUUUCCUUUAUUAGAGGGACCACUAUUAACACAUAUGGAAGUGACGCCAUUUAAAUUAAAGAUAUAAUGUUAAAUUAAAAUAAGAACCUUUGUUUGUGCCUCUGAUUACAUUUAUAUAAUUAUUUUUUAUCACUUUUAUGAAACUGAUGUGCUGUUUCUUCUAUUUAAAAAUAGAGAUGUUUGGUUGUAAAGGCAAAAUAAAGGUUUCUUUUCUUAAA